AUGCCCAACCAACCCAACCAGUUCGUUUCCGGUGAUUACGUCGUCCAGACCAAGGGGGAUGGCUCGCACGUCGUCAAGGACUACAGCAACGUAGGUGGCCCAUCUCCGCCCGCUCCGCGUCUUGUGCUCGUCAUACCCCACUCGUGCCCGAGGCCCGGGUUCUAACUUCUAGCUAGCAGUGCUGGAAGCCACCUAUGAUCAAGUGAGCUGACCCAUGAUGCGGCGGUCGUUCUAACAGGUUCAACAAGGCUACAACGGCUUGUACAACAACCCUCAACACUCGGAUUUGAAGGACGUGAGUCGUUCGCCACGCUGCGUGCCUCGGAUCCGAUUCUCUUGUCAGCCCGAAAGCUCACGCGCUCCUGAUAUCUAUCGGAUCCUUCAGUACGCCCAAGCGCAAAGCCACCAGUUGUCGCAACAAUACUACCAGCAACAUCAACAAGGUGGUAAUUCGUCCGGUCGCAAGUGA